AAUAAAAAUGUCACAAAUCGAUUACACCGCGCAUAAUUUUACAUGCUAUACUGUGCAUGAGUGUUCCAGUGAUGAUGAUCUUAGAAAUGUUGUCGAACUCAUAGAUACCGAAUCGAAUACUCUUAGCCAAUACUCUUUGGACUCGGCGGCCUCAACAAGUUCAUCAAUAGAUAUAAACAUUUUACGUAAACAGCAAAACUUACAACGAAAAUAUCACAAAAAAGUAUUUACAAGCAGUAUGUCUCCAACCAAAAGAGUAUCGAUGCCAAUCAUACCACAUAACAACGAUUUAUUACCACAACAGGAUGCUUAUCAUUUUGUUAAUAGCCCAGAAACUUCGCUACAAAUAGGAUAUUUUGUGCCUUUAGCGCCUAACUGCUUCUUUAGUCCACCACUGCAGAGAAGGCGUUUUAGAGAAAAAGAAAACGAUCGGAAUCGCCGCGCUGUUAGUUACGGCGGUACAUCACCAAAUUCAACAACACUCCCACGUGCAGCACCUAGGCGUGUUUCCUUAAUGAAAGAACCUCCACCACCACCACCAAAGCCUAUACUUUCACAACAAUCUUCCAUAAAAUCUGCUUCUACUGCAUCUCCUAUACCUAGUAAAUAUCCACAAUCGGAAUAUAAUCUCAUACAGAAGAUCGAUUCGAAUAGCACUUUAACAGCGCCAUCACAGUACCAAACACAAAACUUCUAUGCAAACACAAGUACCAUUUCAUCAACGAGCAAUAAUUACUCUUCUUUAUUGUGUCAUGCCAGCUCCACUUCGAGUCCAUUGGCAACACGGAAAAGGGAGAAACUUUUACAUCGUUUCAGUGAUGCUGCGACAUUGGGUAGAAAACUUAAGAAGAAGAAGAAUACAAAUAGAACUUGCCGUUCUAUGACAGAAGCCAUUGAAAUGCUUGCUGAUCCUGUGAUCGAGGAUGAAUUUUUUUAUACUUCUCGGCGAAGCAGUUUUAAAGCGAAACAACGUAAAACAGUAUUACCGACACAAACGGCAGCAGUGCGGCGCAAUGGCAUAAUAAAUACAGUAAACACACAAGCGCGUUAUAUACGCGCUGGUUAUACGCCAACAGCACUGAUUAGAAAUGGCAUUAUCGGUAGUGGUGAAGGACCAGGUGCGAAUGGUCUCUACCAGAUUGACGACCGCAUUUACACAACUUCAAAAAUGUUCUUACGUGAUGGUUAUAUGUACCCACGACAACCUGGUCAAACCAUGGAUCCCAGAUACCCAUAUGAACUACAUGAAUUUCCACAUCAAACUGGCGCUGCUGGUCUGCAGUUGGUCACGACGCCAAAGGUACAUAUAUCGGGUGAGUACCUGGCAAAUGGUGGCAGCGCCAAUGACGCAGGAAAUAAUGCCAGCUUGAGUCGUCGUAAUGCGCGUAAAGCCGCAGCUGAAAUAAAUUAUGCAAACCAAGUUUAUUGGCUACAAAAAAAUCGCUUAGACGCAAACGCCGAUGGCAGAAGAUCGCGCAGCAAUAGUUUGGGUCAUAGGACUGCAGCAGGCGCGGUUACGGCACCAAAUACUUUGGAACGUAACUGCAUACGCAACGUUGAUGACUUACUGAAUUCAUUGGGAAAAAAUGUGGAAAAUGGACGUGGUACGCCACAUUCAACAUCUUCACACAGACGCAAGAAAAAAUUGCAUUAG